CAUGCAAGUAUUGAGCUGGUUAUUUGUAUUCUGUUUUAAUAGAACGAUUUCACAUCCAUAAAGGCCAUUAUCGCACAGUUUCCGCACUACAUAUAGAAUUUGAAUGUCGAUUAAUAUUAUUUUUUAAAAAAUACGAAGGUUUCUUUGUGUGGAAACUGUGCGGUGAAGCCGUUUGCUUGUCCUCCGAAUUCAACCUUAACAACAGUUUCUACUGAUGUGAAACCAGUCUAUUGCCCUGAACAAACAUUGAAUAAUAAUAAACAUGGUUGUGUAAUUUAGUUGUAUGAACUUAUAGUUUCGUAAUUAUUUGUACAAUAAUUUACCUUUUUGGGACGAAAAUUUAUUUCCUACGCACGAAACCAUUGGUAUAAUGGUUUAGAAUAUGGAAAUCGUUUCAUUGUUUUAGAGAAAUUUACUUGGCACUACACUACCCCCAUAAUUUCACGACGACAAGUUAACGUUUCAAACAGUAAAAUAUUUUGUCUGUCAUUCGAUCCUGUGGAAUGGUUGUGAUUUUCAUUUCAUAUUAGCCGCGAUGGGAUUUAUGUAAUUAAAUAUCGAAUGAUAUUUGUUUUACAUGGCUUGAGGAUGGAUGUUGACAAGUGCAAAUGUGACAUUUUAUAUGGCCAGUUGAUUGUCUUGGGAUUUAAUGGAAGAAUCCCUUUUGAGACUGGUGAUCAACGUUUGGCAAGCAAGUUUUUAUUGAAACAAAGGGAGUUUGGAAAUGCAGAAACACCUGUAAAGCAACAAUGCUAUGAGUCAGCAAAGAAUUCUUGUGACUUUCAGUCAACUUCGGUUUACUCUGUGGCUUAUGUUAUUGGGGAGAAAAGAACUUGUGUGGUGAAAUACAAGACUUUGGCAGAUGUUGACAUGUUUCAGAUUGGCCGCUCAUCACAUGUGAAUGACUAUGUCAUGAUGGACAUUGUGCCUAAUGCUAAGACAGCAUCUGAUUGCAUUUUAACAAGAAGCACAAUAUCUCGCUUUGCUUGUCGGAUUUAUGUCGACAGAUGUCCUCCAUACACAGCCAGGAUUUAUGCAUCAGGUUUUGAUAAAUCAAAGAAUAUUGCUCUUGGGAGCAAAGCUAUCAAAUGCAUACAAGAUGAUGGUAUGAUGGAUGGACUGACUACAAAUGGGGUGCUCAUACUUCAUCCUAAUAAUAACAGUGAUACUUCUACUGGUCCAGGAAUAUGGAGAGAGGUGUCAGUAGCUGGAAAUAUGUACAGUUUACGUAAGGCAAGGUCAGACCGAAAUGCUGGGAAAAGGAUAGCAGGGGAAUCAAAUGUGCUGGUGGAUGGAACUUUAAUUGAUCUUUGUGGUACAACUUUAUUGUGGAAAUCAAAAGAGGGAAUGGAAAGAAUGCCUACCAUGUGUGAUAUUGAUGAUGCCCGUCAUAAAUUGAAUGCAACAAGACCGCAAUGUCCAAUUGGUCUAAUGACAUUACAGUUCCCAUCCAAUCCUUAUAGAUCAUCUCAUCACGAUCACUCCAAAACACCUUAUGUCUAUUUAAAAUGUGGCCAUGUUCAUGGUUAUCACACAUGGAAUAAUGCACAAAAAGUUGAAGAGGAACAGAGAAUAUGUCCUGUGUGUCGACAGGUUGGUCCAUACACGAAGUUGCAACUUGGCUAUGAAGCAGCAUUAUGGGUUGACUGUAAACCAGAUUACUUUGCAUUUGUCCCUUGUGGUCAUGUGUGUUCUCAAGCAACUGCUAGGUUUUGGUCGCAGGUCCCUCUCCCUCAUGGAUGUCAUGCAUUUAGAGCUGCAUGCCCUUUCUGUGGCACUCCACUACAGAACUCUAAUGGAUAUGUUAAAUUAAUAUUCUCCUAAUGAAUAUAUAAUGCUAUACACAUACAUCAAUUUACCUAUACACCCCAUCAGUACAAACAUAGAAUUAUAAGACGUGCAAAGGCAAAAUGACAAAGCUUUCUUAAUUUAAAUGACAUUAACUGUUGAAAAUGGCUGAAUUUUAAUGUAAUGCAAUUUGCAAAUUUUGUACUUGUUCCAUUACCUUGUCAAAGUUUUUCAUUGCUAUUUCCCAUCUAUUAUAUUUCUACGGUACCAUACUAUGGAUUUUUUAAUGAAAUGGGUUAAAUAUAUAUCCAGUAAAGUGA